AGUAUUACAACAUGUCUACUGCAACGGAUGAGGUACUCGAGAAGGAGCUAGCUAGCUUCAUCGAGCAGGAGAGCGCCCGGUCGCAGGUGCAAAGCAGCAUCCAUACGCUGACGGACAUGUGCUGGAAGAAAUGUGUGGGGAGUUCUAUUGGUGGCCGGUUUUCGAGGGGAGAGGAGACGUGCCUCACCAACUGUGUCGACCGGUUCUUGGACAGCAGCUUGUUUAUCAUCAACAAGGUCGAAGAGGCUCGAAGACAGGCUGGUGGUGCAUAAUCUCUUUGGGAGAUGAGAUGAGCGUUGCUGGAUAGUGUCUCGGGCCGAUCAACGCAGGCUGCCAAAAGUCUGGGACAUGUGCCUUUCUAUUAGGACGCACCACCAUAUACGUAUCGCACCAUGUAUAUAUCGAAUGAGGAUGCAUGUUCUCCUGCAACCUAGUUAUCUGACUUAAGUUCU